GUUGGACGACAGCAAAUGAUUCCAAAACACAUAUCGUACCUUGUGGAUAGAUGAAAUGAAGCACCGUCUGGUUGCAGACCACACAAACUCGGAGUUGAUAUGACCAAGAGUCCCUUUUUUCAUGGGUACAUUCCAGCUAGAUGUGCUGUUUCCUGACAUGUACAAUGUUGUGAAUAUCUGUAAGAUAACGACCAACAGAAGAAAGGGCUGUCCAAACAAGGACUGUCCAAGCAAACCGUAAAUGCGGUGGUAUUGAAAUCUUGAAAUGCCUUCUAUUGGAGUCGAACGCCUUUGCACAUGCAAAAGAGCCAUGUCUUUAAUCCAUAGCAGUUGGUCGCGGUGGGAUUGCUGGGAUUGACAGAUCGCCGCCAGAUCGUCUCACCAUGCUCAAGACACUUGCAUCUUUCCCCACGAAGCGCAAGCUCGGUCACCACAAUGUACGCUCCCUAUGGACAACUACUACCUCAACGUCCAGCUCUCUCUCUAAAGCGGUCGCGUCAUGUCUGACUGCUCAACAAUCCGCAUACCCAUUCCCAACAGUACCAUCACCACUUUGUGUCGUGCUCGCCACCCCGCAUUACCCCGGUGACCAGCUCCUCCAGUUGCCCCGAAUCAUUUCAUCCUCUCUCCAUCCUACCACCCUAAUGGGCACUAUUGUUGAUUCAAUAUCUGGCAAACCAGGGCUGAGUAUCGCGCUUCUCCACCCAGAGACAAAGUGCGUCGGUUUCACUGUAGAUGAACAGGAUGUGCGGAGGGUCAAGAGUAAGGCAGUGGGGCGGUGGCCAGAGUUUGGGAGAAAAGUGUCGGAGGCCGAUGGGUUUGACGUGAAGGACUUUUGGAGUGUUUCCACUGGUGGAGGGAAAGGACUAUUGCCGGAUGCGUUAGAGAGAUUAAAAGGGGAGCAAGAGAAAGUGAACAUGCUGCUCACAUUUUCGGACCGAGAACCUCAUCACCUUCUCCAAAGCCUGGAUGAGUACUUCCCAUCCACGUCUAAAAUUGGACUUGUUGGAUCCAUGACACCCUUCAUCACCGGACACCCGCACACUUUGUUUUUCAACGAUCGCGUGCUGGAUGGUGGAGUUGUGGGUGCUGCUUUGAUUGCACCUGCUUUGAAACCGACGUCAAGCGUGGAGUAUAAAGGUUUGCAAGUGUUGGGCGAGGAGCUGGUCAUUACGAGCUGUCGCGGAAACAUCAUCUUGAGCUUGGACGGAUCGAACGCGGCCAAAGAACUCUUGUCCUGCAUGAAGGGCAGGGAAAUGAGUGCAGGGGUCGAUUCCGAUCAACAGCUCUUUUUGAAAGUUUCUCAAGGAGAUGAUUCGACGGUAUACCGCAUUACGGGCGGUGAUCCUUCCAAGGGAACGUUAGCAAUUGAUACAGUCAAGGAUCUGUGUCUGGGAAUGAGAGUCCAGUUUAUGCAGCGCAUAGGACGAGCCGAAGUACACUCUCCGGCUUCAGGCCCCAUUGUCCAAUUUGUGGUAUCAGAUGUUUCCGCACCUCUAAGCCCGCCGUCCACGCCAGAGACUGACGCAACCAUAUCAAGCAUUUUGUGUGCGGGCAGUGAGGGUGGAUUUGUGGUUGGAAAUGGAAAGGGAGCAGGUCGGAGUGCUGUUCAAGGGACUUUGGUGUGCGACGUUCCCGAGGCGGAGCUUAAAGUUUGGGUUUAAUGGCAGACAGAUGGGCCCCAUGAGAUAAUUGGAUGCGAUGAACUAAUUUAUGAUAAUUCUUCUGCACAUGUGUAAAUACAUUCCAAAGGACUGCUGCGAUUUAGUUCUG